UCUGACUAGGCCAUUUACUCUCGAACAUAUUUAUAUUUUUUACCUGGCAAAAUGAUGAAUUGCAAAAGAAGGCAUUGCUUCCCUUUAAAAAAGAAUCGCGUGGUUCAACGCAGCCUCGAUUUGCGACUUCGUGGCGCCCAGGCGCGGAAUUACCUGAAGAUAUGUUGUGCUAAUAUAUUUGUUCUUUUGAUGCUGCUUCUGGACACCUGGAAGGUAGGAUAUAUCUCCAACCGUUGGUACUAUUGCGCUUACUGGCGGGUCAUCGGUGUGUACUCCAUUGCCACCGUUAUGGCUCUGAGUGCCCUGGCCUGUUUCGGCAAGUAUUUGUGGUUGAUCCUUGGCGACGAGCAGGUGAUUGGAACGGAGAGCCAGAAGUGCCUGCUGGAUGGCAGCGAUGAAACCCCCUUUGGAACUGUUUAUACACGUCCUGUAUCAAAGGCACGGAGAAACAAACCGGAAAUCGAUUGUGAUGACAGACCCAUUGUCAAUUGGCACUCAUCUUACUUAGAUCCUUGUUGGCGGCCUAAGAAGACCGUCCUUAUGAAGAGAAACUCACCCAAGACACCCAGUAAGUCACCAUGCGAAGAGGUUUGCCGGGAAGAUUUCAUCACCGACAUCCGGAAUUUGCCCGCUUUAAUGAGGCGGGCCAGAAAAGAACGUAGAGCGGCAGAAGACUCGAAUGCAUUUGUAAUACGGGACUCCUACAAAUACCAACUCUUUAAGGAGAAAAACCCGUACCAAUUUUUUUCAUUCCCGUCUGAAAACUUCAGUGGCACAAGAGAUAGUGGAGUCAGCAACUCGGAGGACACAUCCCCAAACAAGAUGCUGCAAUAUGUGUCCAACCUGAGGUAUUGGUUAUCAAUCACAAUAUUGCAUCGUUUGGUCACUGAGAUUGAAUAUGUGGACGAGGUGUUUCAAGAACUCGGUUUUUACAACAUCAAAAUAGGAGAAAUAAGUCUGGAGAGGCUGAAAUUGAUAGCCGAGGACCGGGACUUCGUAAGGACCUAUCUUCCGAUGCUGCCCAAGAUGUUGGCUUUUCUACAACCCUUUAGAAACCAGGAGUACUUGGUGCUGCGCAUUAAGGAACUAGCGAAGGGCGACCACAUAGGCUCCUUCCAAUGGAGAUACACCAGGAAGUCGGACUAUAUUCAGGAUUGGCUGGACUAUCUACCCACCGAUUCAGCCAUAUUGUUUCAUUUGUUUUGCGUUUACCUCGACAGCCAAUUGAAGUCGAUGCCACAGGACGAAGGACAAAGACCUUUUUUCUCCCGUUUUGUGAUCAUCUGGGAUAAGAGAACAAUCAUGGAGAACGUAGAGUCCUUGGUGAAUAACAAGGCCAACUGCGCCAUCCUGGCCACCAAUAACCUGGAUCAGCUGCCCAAGUUUAACUUCAUUAGCGACAGGAAACUGCACGAUACCGUUUACAGCAGCAACAAUUUGUUCUAUGUGAUCAUCCAGUUUUUGACCUAUAUGCGGGACAAGCAGGGAUCCGAGCUGGAGGGCGUUAGCCUGGGCAAGAAUGGCAUUAACAUUAUGUGCGUCAUCGAAGACUGAGCUGUUCUUUAAGCCCAAAAAUUAUUUAUAUUUUUAAACACAUCUUAUUCGUUGUUGUUGGUUUAAGGAGUUAAAAAGAUACACCGGACAUUUACAGACAAACAAUUCCUAUAAAUGAAAAUCGACCCAUGUUUUUAUAAUUUUUGGAAAUUUGCAGCUGUUUGCAACUUUAGCUAAAAUUUAUUUUAUUUUAUUAU